AUGUUAGCUAGAUGCACGAGCAAUGCAUAUGGGGAUCCUUCGGCACUUAAAGUCAGAUUUAUGGAACAGGCUGCAAAUGGAUACGGUGUCUGUUUUUCUCUCCCAUCCCUAGACAUCUGGUUACACUCUUUUGAUUGGAUUGAGGUUAUUGAUCUUCUUAAAUCUUAUGCCGAGAAACUGGAAGGCAGUAGUCAAGACCCUUUUUUGUCAGAAGGUUCCAACUUGGAUAUUCUGGAUUCUGUUGAAGUGGUAAGGAAUAGCUGUGACAAUACUGAUCGCGUUUUGAACGGUCACAGUACGAGCCACUCAGAAUUUCCAGGGUUCAUGGCAACUGAUAUUCAUGAGAGAUCCGAGGAAGAACAAAGAAGAACUUUUAAAGGGAAAUACUGUAAAUAUGUUUCUGUUACAGCUUUUAGUAGGAGCGGUGAACUCUCUGUUCUUGGGAGAGAUGUUAAACUGAGCUAUAAGAUUGAAAAGCUCAAUGGGAUUCUUGCAAUAUCCGGGGUUGAUACUGUCAGGUCUUGCCCACUAUUUGGGGUAUCACAACUACUUGUAGAUGCUAGUAUUCAGAUGGAUCAGAAGAAAAUCAUGAGCAUCGACACAGGGAUACUGUCUGACAUCGUAGAGAUGCAUGCAUCUCAUCAAGUAUUAUCUUUCUGGCAUGGAGUUGCAUUUGAUGCACCUGAGACGCCAUCUUCACAAAAUUCGCAAGGAAACAUGAGUAUCAAAGUCCAGAUUAGAGAUGUGUCUCUUCUUAUAUCUGAUGGAAGGUGGGGAUGUAGCGGUCUGCUUCUUGAAGUUCUUAUGAGAAACUUUCUGCUGCAAGCUAAUCUGACCGAGAAGAACGUGGAGAGUUUGGUUUCAUGUGAUCUUGAAGUGAAUUAUAAUAGUAUGCACAAAGGUACAUGCCAGAAGCAGAAUUCUGCUGUCAUUUUAUCUGUUUUGGUAGUUGCUGAUAACCACCCGUGGAUAUAUGUCGAAGGUCUUGUGGGAGCCUUUUAUUGA